GGAAAACAUGACGAGUCAUGAAUCCGUUUGAGCAUCGCGACUUGUAAUAGAGCCGUCUCGAUUCGACACGACCGUCGGCAACAUCCUUCCCAUGCCAUUACGAGAGCAGCAGACCGAGCGCCGGUGGAGCCUUUCCCUUCGCCCCAUGUCCCAAACACUUAGCCACAUCCAUAAAAAAGUGUGAAAUUAUCUUAAGUGGCCAGUGUCUAAGAAACUCCUUUUUAAAUUCGGGCGAAUAUAACGAUGAGCGUCCUUCUGAGUUUGGUGCUAAUAGCUUCUACGGAGGCGUUCUUCUUAAAAUGGGGUUCAGAUUCCGGAAGUCAGUCAUCUCAGAAGUCAUGGGUGCAGCCGAUGUCGCCAUACAGAUAUCAAUACAUGUACCCGUACGAAUCAAGAAAAAUAUAUCAAGUACAACAACAGCAAUACGCUCAACCCGAGAUGCAGAUGCAACAGAACAUGGCACCAAUACCCAUCAGCGUGCCUGCCGGAGCAAGUCUCACGCCGGUGUCUCUUCAACAUGUUCAGCUCGUGCCCUGUAUGUGCCCAGUGGCGCCAGAAGAAGCGGACAAACUACAAGAGCAAGCCGGCUCCGGUCCGUACGUCGCGCAAACUUACUCGCAAGCUUAUUCCGUCCCGCAGCAAAUGACGGUUGCAGACGCUCCAAAAACGAGCAACAAGCAGUAA